CACUCACACCCAGGCAAGUCUCCCUCUGGUUUCCUCGAAUUUCAUCUCUCUUAACACAUUUCAGUUGUUCUCCCUGCCAGUGCAACACACUCAAGAUACAUCUGUUCUCGUAGAACUGGCAGAAGCCAAAAAAUAAGAAGCAAUUUGGAAAAAUUAGGACACCAUGGCCCCCCCAGUAUAUGCAGAUCUUGGAAAGUCUGCCCGGGAUGUGUUUGGCAAGGGCUACCACUUUGGAGUACUCAAGCUAGAAUGCAAGAGCAAGACCAGCACAGGCGUGGAGAUCACUGCAGGAGGCAACAAUGCUCUUGAAACUGGCAAGGUGGCCGGCAACCUGGAGACCAAGUACAAAGUCAAGGAGCACGGUCUAACCUUCACUGAGAAGUGGAACACAGACAACACCCUAAAUACUGAGGUUGCCCUGGAAGAUAAAGUGGCAAAGGGGCUCAAGCUGGUGCUCAACACCACCUUUGCACCUCAGAGUGGCAAGAAGUCUGGAGUGCUCAAGUCCACCUACAAGACUGAUGCCCUCGCCCUCAACCUGGACUCCACACUGGACCUGGGUGGACCUGUGGUCAAUGGUGCUGCUGUGGCCAGCUACAGGAACUGGUUGGUAGGCUACCAGAUGUCCUUUGAUACUGCCAAGUCCAAGCUUACCAAGAACAACUUUGCUGUGGGCUUCACCAAUCCCGACUUCAUCUUGCACACCUACGCUAACGACGGGGCAGAGUUUGGUGGAUCCCUCUUCCACAAGAUCAAUCCCGAGCUGGAGGGUGCUGUGGACCUGGCCUGGUCUGCUGGCUCCAACACCACACGUUUUUCUAUCGGAUGCAAGUACGCUCUGGACAAGGAUGCAGCUCUGAGGGCCAAGGUUAAUAAUUCUGCUCAGGUGGGUCUGGGAUAUCAGCAGAGGGUUAGGGAUGGCAUCACUCUCACUCUCUCCACCCUUAUUGAUGGCAAGAACUUCAACCAGGGUGGCCACAAGGUGGGCUUGGCUAUGGAGCUGGAGGCUUAGGUGUCAUGGGGGAGGCCGGCUUGGGCCUGUUGGGAUAAGACUGCUGAGUAUUGUUAAGGAUGGGAGGCGGGGGGCAGGGCCCGCUAAAUUCCAGUAGUGUAAAUGAGCACUGUACAGCAACUUUAUCCCAGACUUGUACAUUUCCCAGGUGUAGGGGUAGCUACAUCAUUCUUCAUUAUGUCAUCAAUAAACUUAUCUGAUCA